AUGGACCAACUUUGGGGUCUACUGCAGAGAGCGCAUCAGUGGUCCCCAAGACCCUCUCAGACCAUCUAUAAACGUGUGGAAGGUCCUGAUCUGGGGCACCUGAAGGAGGAAGACAGGGUGGAGGAGGCAGAGCUGCCUGUCCAGUUCUGCCCCAUGGAACUCAAGGUCUCUGAGCCCUUAGGCUCCCGUCCCAGGAAGUCAGCUCCCAUCCCCUGGGCUGCAGCAGGUCGAAAGGCCGCCCCCUAUCUGAUCCUGAUCACCCUGUUGAUCUUCACUGGGGCCUUCCUCCUGGGCUAUGUGACCUUUCGAGGGUCCUGCCAGGCAUGCGGGGACUCCGUGUUGAUGGUCGGCGAGGAUGUCAACGCCGAGCUGGGCCUCAACUCCGGCCAGGGCACGUUGUACCUGAGUGACCUCCAGGCCAUGUUUCUUCGGUUCCUUGGGGAGGGGCACCUGGAGGACACUAUCAGGGUGACCACCCUCCGGGAACGCAUAGCCGGCUCAACCAUGAUGGCCACUCUGGUCCAAGACAUCCUCGAUAUAUUCUCAAGCCAGAAGCUGGACCACGUGUGGACUGACACUCACUACGUGGGGCUUCAGUUCCCGGACCUGGCUCACCCUAACACCUUGCACUGGGUGGAUGCAGCCGGGAGCGCCCAGGAGCAGCUGCCGCUGGAGGAUCCGGAAGUCUACUGUCCCUACAGCGCCACUGGCAAUGCCACGGGCAAGCUGGUGUACGCCCACUACGGGCGGCGAGAGGAUCUGCAGGAGCUGAGAGCCCAGGGCGUGGAGCUGGCCGGCAGCCUCCUGCUAGUGCGCGCUGGGAUUACCAGCUUCGCCCAGAAGGUAGCCAUUGCCCAGGACUUUGGGGUCCAAGGAGUACUGUUAUACCCCGACCCAGCAGACUUCUCCCAGGGCCCUCACAAGCCAGGUCUGCCCAGCUACCGGGCCGUAUAUGGACACGUGCACCUCGGAACUGGAGACCCUUACACGCCCGGCUUCCCUUCCUUCAAUCAAACCCAGUUCCCGCCGGUAGAGUCAUCAGGGCUUCCCAGCAUCCUUGCCCAGCCCAUCAGUGCCAACGUUGCUGUACGUCUGCUCAGGAAACUCAAAGGCCCGGUGGCCCCCCAGGAAUGGAAAGGACACCUGUCAGGCUCUCCGUAUCGGCUGGGACCUGGGCCAGCCCUGCGCCUUGUGGUCAACAACCAUAGAGCCUCUACUCCCAUCAGUAACAUCUUUGCCUGCAUUGAAGGCUUCGCAGAACCAGAUCACUACGUUGUUAUCGGGGCCCAGAGGGAUGCGUGGGGCCCAGGAGCAGCCAAAUCUGCAGUGGGGACUGCCAUCCUGCUGGAACUGGUUCAGACCUUUUCCUCCAUGGUCAGCAAUGGGUUCAGACCUCGAAGAAGUCUCUUGUUCAUCAGCUGGGACGGAGGUGACUUUGGCAAUGUGGGAUCCAUGGAGUGGUUGGAGGGCUACCUCAGCGUUCUACACCUCAAAGCCGUAGUAUACGUGAGCCUGGACAACUCAGUGUUGGGAGAUGGCAAAUUUCACGCCAAGACCAGCCCCCUCCUGAUCAGCCUCAUUGAGAACAUCCUGAAGCAGGUGGAUUCCCCUAACCACAGCGGACAGACGCUCUAUGAUCAAGUGGUGUUCACCAAUCCCAACUGGGAUGCCGAAGUGAUUCGGCCCCUGCCCAUGGACAGCAGUGCAUAUUCCUUCACGGCUUUUGCGGGGGUCCCAGCUGUGGAGUUCUCCUUCACGGAGGAUGAUCGUGUGUACCCAUUCCUGCACACGAAGGAGGACACGUAUGAGAAUCUGCAUAAGGUGCUGCGAGGUCGCCUGCCCGCCGUGGCCCAGGCGGUGGCUCAGCUGGCAGGCCAGCUCCUCGUCCGACUAAGCCACGAUCAUCUGCUGCCGCUCGACUUUGGCCGCUAUGGGGAUGUGGUCCUCAGGCACAUCGGCAACCUCAACGAGUUCUCUGGGGACCUCAAGGCCCGCGGACUGACUCUGCAGUGGGUGUACUCCGCGAGAGGGGACUACAUCCGGGCGGCGGAGAAGCUGCGGAAGGAGAUUUACAGCUCCGAGCAGAGCGACGAGCGUCUGAUGCGCAUGUACAACGUGCGCAUCAUGAGGGUGGAAUUCCACCUCCUGUCCCAGUACGUGUCGCCAGCUGACGCCCCAUUCCGCCACAUCUUCCUGGGCCAAGGCGACCACACUUUGGGUGCCCUGCUCGAUCACCUGCGGAUGCUGCGCUCCAAUGCCUCCAAGGCCACCUCUCCCGGGUUGGCAUCAGGUCUGGGCUUCCAGGAGAGCCGCUUCCGGCGCCAGCUGGCGCUGCUCACGUGGACGCUGCAGGGGGCAGCCAACGCGCUCAGCGGCGACGUGUGGAACAUUGACAAUAACUUUUGAGGCGCCGAGCCCUCCCUGAGCCCCCACGUGAUUCUCCCGUCUCCAGAGUUGAGCGGUGCAGGCGAAAGGAGGUGCCCCAUGUGCCUCUCCUUGCAACCUAUUCUCAUGAACACCCCGGGUCCUGCCAUGCAAGUGAGCCUUCUUUUCUCAGUGUGACAGCCACAGUGUCGCUUAUCCGGAAAGCGGCUUUCUUCCUAUUACUGGUUCUCCCACCUUCAGGAGCAAAGUCUUCCAUAACUAGAGACUACACAGGCGCUGGGAUCCGGCCAGCUCUUUUAGGGAGUGGUCUGUGGUGGGAGGCCCAAGGGGAUUAGACGUCAAUAAACCACCGGGUAAGGCCAGCUCUUUUAGGGAGUGGUCUGUGGUGGGAGGCCCAAGGGGAUUAGACGUCAAUAAACCACCGGGUAACAUC